AGAAACGCAAGAAUACAAAAUCCUACACGCUAAGUUGUCAUUUACCUAUAAAUAUUCAGACAUUAAACCAAAAGCAACACUUACUAAAAUGCACAUUCUUCUAAAACUCCUUUUUUGGUUAAGCAUUCUCUUCAUCAAUAUGGCCUCUUCUUCUUCUCUCUCAUCAGAUACCAAACAACAAGAAUCUGUUGGUGGUAUUGAGGAUAAGAAACAAAAUCCAGUUCAUGAAAAUGUUCUUCAGAAACAUGCUGCUUUCUUUGAUGUUAAUAAAGAUGGUGUUAUUUAUCCAUGGGAAACUUUCCAAGCAAUGCGUGAAAUUGGGAGUGGGGUGUUAUUAUCAACUGCAGCUGCUGCUUUCAUUAAUGUGGCCCUCAGUCAGACUACUCGUCCUGGGAAGUUCCCAUCUCCACUUUUUCCAAUUGAAGUUAAGAAUAUCAAACUAGGCAAACAUGGCAGUGACACCGGAGCUUAUGACAGUGAAGGAAGUAUGCUAAGUCAGGUGGAACAUAGAUGCUGUCGAGAAAUGGUUCAAUGAUGGGACUAUCAUGUUAUCUUGUCCUUGUUCUGACUCAUGUUUUGUGAUUAGAGUUUGAAAAGUUAGUUAGGGUGAGAUUAGAAGUACUGUUGAAGAAGGGUCCAAGUGCAUGUGAAUUUUCAAGGUAUCUAAUGAUUAUGAUUGUUGCUUUGAAGUGUUUCGUGGUAGGCCUAGAGAGCUGCACACAAAGAAGUUGAUAUCCUGGCGAGAAUGUGUUGAAUAAAGUAACUUGUCAGUGAGACUUCUCAAUUGAGUAGGAUCAAGAGGUAACUACUUAAAUCCUGAGUCAAGGUUGUGUGUAGGAUCCAUUGGUGUAUUGCAGGCUUGUAUGCCCAAAUAUUUUGUUUCUUGUAAGAGGUCUAAACAAUAUUUGUGUUGGCAUAAUGAAAUACAUGUGGAAGACCUAGAAAUUUCAAAACCAAUAAAACAUUUAAGAUUCCCCAGGUCUUUGUUGCUGAAAUGUGUGUCCGAGAUAGUUUUGAUGUGUGUGAUUUCUGUUAAA